AGCAUUCGGGAGAAAAAGUGGGAGGAGGAAGUGGAGGAGGCGAUCUGCUGCUUGUGGAGUUCGUGGACGAUCUUUUCGCUGCCGCAUGGUGUGACUGGAGUUCCAACAUGCAGAUCUUCGUAAAAACCCUAACUGGGAAGACCAUCACCCUCGAGGUGGAGGCUUCUGACACAAUCGAGAAUGUCAAAGCCAAAAUUCAGGACAAGGAGGGCAUUCCCCCAGACCAGCAGAGGCUGAUUUUCGCUGGUAAACAGCUCGAGGAUGGACGCACCCUGUCUGAUUACAACAUUCAGAAGGAAUCGACACUUCACUUGGUACUCAGAUUACGUGGUGGUGCCAAGAAACGCAAGAAGAAGAAUUACUCAACACCAAAGAAGAUCAAGCACAAGAAGAAGAAGGUCAAGCUUGCUGUCCUCAAAUUCUACAAGGUCGAUGAGAAUGGAAAAAUCCAUCGUUUGAGACGAGAGUGCCCAUCUGAGCAGUGCGGUGCAGGUGUCUUCAUGGCAGCCAUGGAAGAUCGUCACUACUGCGGCAAAUGUGGCUACACACUCGUCUUCAACAAGCCCGAAGACAAGUAAAUGUAUGAUUUGUUAUGAAGGCUCAUUGUACGGUGAACAGUACACAUUAAAAUAUUACUUCCAACUGA